GCUCAGAGCCUCAACAUGAAAGUCUGUCUCACUUUGAUCUGCUGCUUCUUCCUCUCUCUGCAGGAUGGAAGCGCUGCUCCUGUCUACUCAGGCACUGAAGGAGGAGACGUCACAGUUCAAUGCUCCUUUAGUCUCUCUCGUCAAAAGAAGGUCUUCUGUAAGAACCAAUGUAAAGAAGAAGACAUUCUCAUUGAAACAACUAAUAACAGAGCUCAGAGCGGCAGAUACAGCAUGGAAUAUAAAGAAGGAUCUUUAAAUGGAGGAGAUCUGUUUGUGACCAUCACACAGCUGACCAAGUCUGACUCAGGACGAUACUGGUGUCGUCUGGGCACAUCUCGCUCUUCAUAUAAGGAUUUAGAAAUCAUCGUCACAGACGCACUGCUGGAUGGAAACCGUGUAAAAAAGCUCAAUAAAAGAACUGGAGGAACUGUCACAGUGGAAUGCUCCUUUACUUCCACUGGAACAUGGAAGUUCUUCUGUAAGAACCAAUGUAAAACACGAGACGACAUUCUUAUUGAAACAGGUGCUGACACACGUCAGAGAGGCAGAUACAGCAUCAUAUAUAUAACAGGAUCUGAAGGAGGAGGAGGAUUUCUCUUUGUGACCAUCACACAGCUGACCACGUCUGACUCAGGACGGUACAGGUGUCGUCAGGGCAGAACCUUUUCUUCAUCUUCACACAGGGACUUUGAGAUCUUUGUUUCAGACGGUGAGUUUCUACUGAACUGA